AUGUAAAGAGCAAGAAGGCAUCCUGAUCUGGAUAAUAUGCCUGACUUUUUAUUUGAAAGUAAAAAAUAUAUUAAUAACGAGAUACUCUAAUCUAAUCUGAUCCAAGAGAGGAAAAUUGUAAUACAACAAUUAAAGAUUACUGCUGUCCAAAUUUUAAAUUAAUGUCAUUUACAGCCAUAAUUUCAUUAAUUCAAUUGUUAUUGUUUAUUUUUAUGUGUUUCUUUGGAGAUUUCAAAUUUAGAAAACAAUUUUGUGAAUAGUAUUUAAAUAUUAUUUACAAAAGAGUUCUCAAAUGAUACUCUUAAAACUUUUGGGAGAUGCUCAGCAUAUAAUGUAAAAUAUAAAAUAGAGUUCUAUCGUUUAAUAGCUUGUUUAUUCAUAUUUAAUAAUGUAAAAGAUUUAUGUGGAGAAUUAUUAUUAUAAGUUAUAAUCGUAUCAAUGAUUGAGAAGUUUGUUAAUAUAAAAACAACCUUCUAUUUAUAUUUGUUGACAGGAAUAGUGGAUCAAAUAAACUUUAUAGUAUUUUACUAUAAUAAUAUUGUAAGAAAUUCAUUUUGAAUUUUAUUAAUAGUUGGUUUAAUUUUUUGGAUUUAUAAUUUAGAAUGCAUAAUAGGUAUUAAAAUAUUUAAAUAAUAAGGAUGAGGCAAGAUAAGUAAUCAUGUAAGUAACUAUUUUUAUUUUAAUAAUUGGAAUAAUUGGGUUUUUUAUAAAAAUUCAUUAAUCUUUAGAAUUUAUGGUAGUUUCUUAAUCGGAAUUAUAAUUGGUUUGAUUUAACCAAUAAAAAUAGAAUCUUUUAAAGAUCAAAAUUAAAAUUCGUAGGGUUGGGAGUAAUUUUCAUUUACUUUACUGGAUUUAUAUAUAUUUUUUUUUGGUUUAGGAUGCCUUUACAUCCAAUUGAAUAACAAUGA